AGAGACCGGAACGGCCGAGCCGCCGCCGCCUCCGGUGAGGGUUCCCGCGACGCGGAGGCUUCUGCGCCCUCCCCGCUCACCGGCUUAGUUGGAAAACGGAGUUCAAACAUUCAUCUACAAUGGCAGACAACAGACCAAAGGCUGACUCCACAUCCUGCAGUGUAUUAAGCUGGGAACAAGUCGGUCGCUUGCAUGAAAUCCUGUCAGAGGUGGUACCAAUUCAUGGACGGGGAAAUUUUCCAACUCUGAAGAUAACCUUGAAGAAAAUAAUCCAGACUGUUCGGUGCAGGCUGGAAGAAGCAAGCAUUCUAGUGCAUGACGUUCGACUGAAUGGUUCCACAGCUGGUCAUGUCUUGGUCAAAGAUAAUGGGCUGGGUUGUAAAGAUCUAGAUCUUGUUUUUCAAGUGUCCCUCCCAAGUGAGACUGAAUUCCAGUUGGUCAAAGAUGUGGUUCUGCAGUCCCUUUUAAAUUUUUUGCCGGAAGGUGUGAACAAACUCAAGAUUACUCCCAUGACUCUUAAGGAAGUAUAUAUUGAAAAGUUGGUAAAGGUAUCCACUGAAAUUGACCGAUGGAGCUUAAUAUCUCUUUCUAACAAACAUGGCAGAAAUGUAGAGCUCAAGUUUGUGGAUCGUAUAAGGCGGCAAUUUGAGUUCAGUGUGGAUUCUUUUCAAAUAAUACUAGACUCACUGCUUUUUUAUUAUGAGUGCUCAGAAAACCCAAUGUCUGAGCACUUCCAUCCAACUGUAAUUGGGGAAAGUAUGUAUGGUGAUUUUGAGGCAGCCUUUCUUCAUCUUAAGAACAGACUGAUAACUACCAAGAACCCUGAGGAAAUUAGGGGAGGGGGGCUCCUCAAAUACAGCAAUCUCCUUGUGAGGGAUUUCAAGCCCAUGGACAAAGAGGAGAUUAAAACCUUAGAACGCUACAUGUGCUCAAGGUUCUUCAUAGACUUCCCAGAUAUUCUGGAACAGCAGCGUAAAUUGGAAACGUACCUGCAGAAUCACUUCGCUGAAGAGGACAGAAGCAAAUACGACUACCUAAUGACCUUGCGGAGAGUGGUGAAUGAGAGCACAGUAUGCCUCAUGGGACAUGAACGUAGACAGACACUGAACUUGAUCUCCCUUUUGGCCCUCAGAGUUCUUGUAGAGCAAAACAUCAUCCCUAAUGCUAAUAAUGUCACUUGCUACUAUCAUCCAGCGCCUUAUGUUAGUGAUGCAAACUUCAGCAGCUACUAUGUUGCAGAUACUUAUGGCCAGGUAUGUCCUACCUGGUUGCCUUGCAAUUGAUUUCUUAUUUUCAGUGCCUCUAUUCAGCCAGAAUGGAGUGUUUCCUGUAUUUAUCUUGGCUACUUAGAGACAAAUAGAACUAACAUACCAAGCUUUAAUCAGGUCAUAAAAUAGUACUAUCUUUCUUAAAAGAGGAUCUCUUUGCUAUCUGUAUAAAUGCUUAAUUGCUUCCAUGCUGUCUUACUUUUUGAAGUUUCAUUGUCUGCAAGUUCUGUUCCCAGUUUAAUGGAAGUGAUGAGGGCUAAUCUGGUAUUCUUGUGCAGGAAAAAAUGUCUAUAUUCUAGCACACAAUUAGCUGAUCAAAACCCCACUAAAAGCAAUGGAAUUGAAGCAGUGUAAUGCAUGUAGCAUUAGAGCCAUUUUCCCUGAAGGUCUUAAUCAGUCUCCUUCUGGCACCAUAGCAGUAAUUAUGAAAUCAUCCUUAAAAGGGGGGGGGGGGAGGGGAAUCCUUACAUUCUAUUUGGUGCAUUUUAGUUUAAAGAAAUUAAAGAUAUUAGCAACUUUAUGCUGGCAGAAAUGGCUUCCAUAAUGCAUAGCAUUCAUGAUCUCUUCUUCUCACAAGCUUCCUCAGAAAUAUUGGAGUUGGAGACCUCCUUGAAUAAGGAGAGUGGCAGCGAUGGAGGCAAAGGAAGAGGAGAACUCUAAACAUUUUUUGGGAGGGCAGCAUUAGCAAUGGAGAGCUCGGCUACCUCUUGAUUUUUCCCAAAACAGAAGGCCCAUCGCAGGGUUUCUUCUAGCCUGUUUGGGAGGUUGCUGGGCAAAGGAAGAAGUGGGAAAAUACUUCUGCAAGGGUAAUAUUGGAUAUUUGCCUUUUACAAUCCAGAAAUUCUGAGUGUUUACAUCUUAGGUAGCAAAGCGAUUACUGGAAAACAUAGAGUUUAUGAAUCUGGAGUUUAGAAUUUUAUUUUGCCCUGAAACUUGAGCAUAUAUAGAAUAUAGAACGAAUAUUUUUCUAGAAUUAUACUGACACUGUAGAUUUUUUAAAACUCUUUUCAGUCAAAAUCCCAGGAGAGGUUUAAUGAAUACAAAACAAAAGGAACUGACAUAUGAAUAUAUAUAACCUGAUUUUUUGGGGGGGCGGGGGGAAGUAAUGCUAUUGAAGAUGUGAGCAGCAGGGCCUACAGUAGAAAUGAUGGUUUGAGUAGUUAUCUGCGAGUAGAAUGCUUCAAUUAACGCUUGGUUAACACUCCAAGUUCUUGAAAAAAAUGUCUUAAAAGUGAGUUCAGUUUAAAACAUUUAUAUAUUUCUAGAUCUUACUAUUCAGGGUUUAUUGGUACUUGUCGGUUUUCAGGAAGCCUCUUAAAGUUCAAAAGUAUAGAAAGGAGAGGUGGGCCCUCAGUCACAGUUGGUGAAUAAAUGAAGGUUUUGUAAGAAGGAAACCUGUCAAGCGUGCUUCUACAGCUCCAUUGUCUUUUUCAUGAAGAAGGGGCUCAAAAUACUGUGCAGAGGACUUUCUCAAUUGCAGUUUUCUUGUCAGCAAAGCUAGUAAUAAGGAACACUUCACUACAUUACUGAAGAAAUUCAUGAGUGAUGAGCAUAGAUUGACUAAAUCCAAAUCCCAGCAGAACACCUGAAAUUCCUAAAUUGUCUAUUAAAUACAGAGAGAAAAUAGAGUUUUCAACCCAUAGAGCUUUCACAGGUUUCUUAUUGCAAAAGGCUAUUUAUUAUACUGGUGUAUUUGUAUAUGUAGCAUAAGCAUAACAUUUCCAGAAAAGGAAACUAGGUAAGAUUAGGGACAGGGUCAUGACAAAGAAAAAAAAAUGUUUGGAAAUGUUCAUUACUGAGCAAUAUGGAAUAGAAAUCCUUAUUUUUUUCUCAAGAGCUCAAAAUAGUUUAGCUUUUUUAACAUUUCUUCUGCAACUUAGAGAUAGAUUCUUAUCCGUGCAAUGGCAGAUGACCACGGCUGUGCUAAAGUGCUACCACCUUUGAAUUCCUUGUUGAAUCAAAUGGAUAAACAGAAAUGUUGAGCCUGUUUCAAUUGCUUUAGUUAAACGACAUGUUUUGCUUGACCAUUUCAAAUUGCCUGAAUAUUGUUGAAAUUCAUUGCAUUGGAUUAUUCAAAAACAAAAAGAACAACUAGAAAGCUAAACAGUAAAAAGCAUGGCUGAUUUUCAUGAAAAGAUUUAUCUUGCUUCCUGGUCUAGAAUUGCACCUUAGGGUGAGAGGGGAAUAUAAAAUGGGAUUGUACCAAGAAGGGCCACAACAAGUUGAAGUUUCGACUUUUGUUCAACAUUUAAUUCAAAGCUGAAGUGCAUAGUAGAUGUCUAAGCCAAAUUUCUUUACACUAGUAGAAACUUCUUUUGUUUGCAUCUCUGGCAAGCGUGUGUUUCUUUAAAUUGCAAAAUUACUGUCAGUUGCUAGAUAAGAGUGAUAGCUUUGGUGAGGGCUGUUGAUGUGCCCCUAAUUUUGGUUUUCUUAAACUUGAAAGCUUAAAGUAAAAUAUUUUGGC